AGGUAUCUUGCUGCCAUUCUCAACGGAACCAGGAACCCUCAGUGUUUGGCUGUAGCCCACGACAUUAGCAAAGCUAUCCUGAGUUCACGGGCAUCAGGUAAUGGAGAAAGUGCGAAGUAUCGAACAAAAGAAGAGCAAGAGGUCCAGCUUCAAACAAUGUUUGAGAAGUGGGCCGAAAAGGGCGGGGUGUGGUCUGCAGCUGCCUCCAAGGUGCACGCAGACCAGUUCGCACACAUCAAAAAAGGGUGUUUGAUGCGAGUUUGGCAAGAUAUAAGAUCAGAUAGAAGCCGCAUUGAAGGGUUGCACAAGGCUUGGAACGGCAUCAUGCGGUCAUUUGCCAGCGGCCUGGAGAUGUUCUUAGCCUUAGGUUUUGAUUUUGUGAUACAUCGUAACAUACGCAUUCGCUUCCGCUCGCAGAAACCGAGCAAAUUCCUUAGUUCCAUCC